GCACUUGUGCCUCAAUUGCCUGCGCUUCUCCCCCCCACUAAUCCUUUAAACAUCCAAGCCAUCCCCACCCCUUCAUACUAAAUGUCUCCCUUCUUCUCUUACACCACCCUCCCCUAUCAACCCACGGAGAGCCCUUACCCCAUGCGCAAUUUCCCUGAGUACCUAGUGGAGCUGGACAAUGUGGAGCCGCUGCCACAAGCUGGGGAGUACGCGUGGGAAUUGCACUUUGCGCUGUAUCGAUUGGUGGUGCUGGGCAUGUUCCGGUUUGUCGUGUCGUACGACGAUCACAACAUCGUCGAGAACCUGCAGGUGUAUUACGUCAUCUCGCGGCCCAAACCGGAGAAGAAGGAGGGCACGGUGGCCUUAUACCCGUUCGGGGAGAUCGGAACGAGCAGGCCGGGGCUGCUGGAGCUGAUUCAUAUCAAGUUGCUCUCUAUCGCACAAGUGACUGCCAACGAAGAAGAGGAUCUCCAAUUCCAUCUGCGAACAGCAUCGGCUCCUCGGCGAUCUUACCACUCGGUGGUGAUACUGGACUAUAUCGUGUGGGAGGCGGAAAAGGUGGUGAGCAUUGCUGAUCGAAAGUCGUUUUGGCCUCCCUCAUCCUACCCCAAGCCUGUAGCCCUGAGGGCCCUCAGGAAGACGCCCAAGAAGAGACGUCGCCAGCCAUCGCCAGAAGCGCAAGGAAGUCGAGUGGGACCGGAAGGAGAGGUGGACAAGGUCGAGCGGGUGCAUAAGCCAGAUCCCGUUCCAGAGAGCAAGGCGACACCGAUCGAGGGACCUCCGCGGGGUGAAGUAGCGCAAACAAGCAGAUUUCGGAUACGCGGGAGCCCUCCAGAGCCGGCACCUCAGCCACCACUCCUUCCCGACCUCAAUCUCGAUGGAGCCGGCCCAUCGCUACCAGCAGGAGGAGGAGGAGUGGGAAGAGUACCAUAUCCUGCAUCUGGACCCCCCAUCCUCGCACGACCUUUCCGCUUAUGCCAGCCACGCGGGCGUGCCCCGGUCAUUGACCUUAGCAGUUCCUCUGAGCCGAACGGUCCACCUGACAGAUGUCGCGUUCACGGUGGAGCCUGCUACCAUAAGGCUCAAAGCGAUCGAAGGGGCCCCGCGUCCUGAUCCUGCAUGGGAGCCAUAUCUGGAGCCGCCGUUUGAAGGAUGCGUCGCGGCCAGACUAGCAG